AUGUCCGAUACGCUUACUUCCGACGGAAGUAAGCUCACCGUCGGCCCGGACGCACAGCCACCGGCCCAAGAACAGCCUACCAUUGAGACCCUGCAAGAGGAAAUGACUGCCCCUCGUCCUACACAGGGUGGCAAGGGCCCUGCUGCUCUCGCUGCCCUCAGUACGCAGAAGAGGAAGCGGACGGAUGGGGAGUCCUCUGAUGACAGCAAGACCUCUGAUGAGGAGGCGGAGAACGAGCAGAGCCUGGCGCGUCGCAAGGCCAAACAGCGCAAGCAGCUUGAAGGUACAGAAGAGGAGGAGCGGGAGCCAGUCUUACGCAGUCUGGAUGAAGAGCUUCUUGACGCUGUGGGCCACCAGGACCCUGCAGGGUCCAGGGGGAUGCAGCACCCCUUGCAUGACACCCACCUGCCUGCAAACGCACCGGAUGCCUCCCAGAUGCAACCUGCCUGGUUCGAGGCCUCAGAUGCUGAGCGGGAAGCCAUCGUCAAGGUCAGCGAGGGGGCCUUUCACCAGGGUGCCUCCCCAUACAUUCAAGCUGGGAAGUAUCAAGUCCUGAGGCUAUUCGAGGGAGUGGCGCAGUCCUAUGGUGAGGACAAGGAGAAGUGGGACCUUGCCUUCAGUGACCUGCAGCAGUUUGUGGAUAAGCAGAGGGAGAAGAUGGCUGAGGGAGCCAAGGAGAAGGAGGGGGGGAGCCAAGAGUAG